CUCAAAAGGACGUCGAUGACUGAUAGUGCGAAAUUCCUCGAAUGGUUUACAACCAACGGCGGUGAAUUCUCUAAGGAUAUAGUCGCAAUCGGUGAGAACGUAGACGGUAUGGGACGUGGUCUCGUUGCUGUUGCAGAUAUCAAAGCACAAACUAGUCUAUUUACUAUCCCUAGAGAUAUUGUUUUAUCCACUAGAACAUCAUCCUUCAAAGAGAAAGUCGGACAAGAUGUUUACAAGCAAUUAGAGAAUGAUAACAUCGGUAGUUGGACACCAUUGAUUAUGGCUAUGUGUUGGGAAUACAACCAAGGUGGUAGUUCAAAAUGGGAUGCCUACUUUAAAAUACUACCAAAACAGUUCACAUCACUCAUGUUUUGGUCUAAAGAAGAGCUCUCAUUACUUAAAGGUACUACAGUCGUCGAUAAGAUCGGUUUGGAAGACAUAGAAAACGAAUUUGAGAGAGUUCGCGAUAUAGUGAAGCAAAAUGAGAAUGUUUUUGGCGACAUCGCAAACUACACUUUAGAUUUAUUCAAGCGUAUGGGUUCACUAAUUCUUAGCAGAAGUUUCACUGUCGAAGAAUGGAAAACUGAAGAAGAACGCGAGAAGGAAGAAGAGGAAGAGGAAGACGAGGAUGAAGAGAUAGAUUUACGCACCUCAGUAGAUGAUGUCGCUAUGGUUCCAAUGGCUGAUAUACUCAAUUCACGGACUGACUCCGUCAAUGCGCAUACAGAGUACGAGGAAAACUGCCUCCGCAUGAUUUCCCUCCAAGAUAUUAAAGCUGGUGAUCAGAUCUUCAACACAUAUAACGACCCACCAAAUGCAGACUUAAUCAGACGUUAUGGUCAUGUCGACUAUUCACCUCUCAGUCAAGAUCCUGACUUCAUGGGUAACAAGAAUGAUGUUGUGGAAUUACCAGCAGACAUCCUCCUCGAGCUUGCACUUCCGGAUGCUAAAGAGAGUCACAAAGAGAGAAGAGUCGAAUUCUUACUUGACGAAUGCGGAGAAGAUUCAUUCGAACUCACACAUGAUGAUCUUGUUCCAGAGUUACUCAAGAUUUGCGUUCUGCUCUUCACUGAAUCUGAAGCUGAAUUCAAGACACGUGAGAAAUCAAGGAAAUUACCGAAAGCCAGCGGAUUCACGAAAGGGAAAGCCGAAUUCCUGAUCAAAGCUAUAAAGCAACGUAUGGAACAGUAUGGCUCUACUCUUGAGGAUGACAUUAGUAAACUCGACAACAAGGACUCAUUACCAGAGAACAACUUCAAGGCUUUAGUUGUGACAGUAGGAGAGCGUCGUAUACUUAAUAAAGCAAUAGAGGAAUUACAAACUACAGACUACGCUCAAAAGAAGCAAAGGACAAAGUAA